AUGUCAUCAUCUUCAUCUAAUCAAGCAAUUGCUGAUUAUUUAAUACUUUCAUUACCACAAUCUACUAAUGCACAUGAAUGGUUAGAACAAUCAUUAAAUAAUGGGAAACAACCAUUAUAUAAUUUAAAGAUCCCGGAUUUUCAAAGUGGUACUUUAGAUUCAUUGGUUCAAGAAAGUGAAGAAUUGACUAAAAUUGAUCAACAAUUAGGAGCAUCAGUUUCUAAAGUCAUUGAAAUUUUGAAUUCUAUUGUUGAUACUAAAAAUAAUACUUCAAGAAUUGUUCAAUCAAGAUCUAUUUUUGAUUAUAUUCAAAAUUUUCAAUGGAAUAGUUCAAAAUAUAGAUUAGAUAAACCAAUUCAAGAAUUAGUUAAAAUAAUUUCAAAUGAAGCUAUAACUUUAGAUAAUGAUGUUAGAGCAAGUUUCCAAAAUUAUCAAGCUGCUAAAUCAAAUUUCUUAGCAGCUGAUAGAAAGAAAAAUGGGGAUUUAUCAAUUAAAUCAUUACAUGAAAUUGUUAAACCAGAACAAUUUGUUUUAGAUUCUGAACAUUUGACUACUAUAUUGAUUGCUGUACCAAAUAAUUUAGUUGCCGAUUUUUAUAAAACUUAUGAAACUUUAACUGAAUUUGUCAUUCCUAGAUCUGCUGAAGUUAUUGCUAAAGAUCAAGAAUUCACUUUAUUUGGCGUUACUUUAUUUAAGAAAUUCCAACAAGAAUUCAUAACUAAUGCUAGAGAACAUAGAUGGCAUCCAAGAACUGAUUUCACUUAUAAUGAAGAAGUAUUGAAUAAUUUAAGAAAAGAAUUUGAUUUAACUCAAGCAACAGAAAUGAAAUUGAAAAAUGAUUUAAUUAGAUUGAGUAAAACUGCAUACCUGGACAUUGUUGCCAGUUGGUUCCAUAUUAAAGUGAUUAGAACUUAUGUUGAAGCUGUGUUAAGAUAUGGUUUACCACCUGAAUUUGACAACUAUUUAAUUAAAUUUGAAGGUAACAAUUUAAAGAAUGUUUCAAAAGCUAAAAAGGAAUUAGUACAGAAAUUUGGUUAUCUUGGUGGAGAUGGUUUUUCAAACAGUUCUAAUUUACAUGAAUACGCAUCAUUGGUUGAUACAGAUUAUGAACCUUUUGUCUUGUAUGAUUUUGAAAUUGUUUAA